AUGAUUGCACUAGUUACAGGAGCUGAAGCAGCAUGGAUUGGAGAUGUCUUGAUUGAAUUAGUUCCACUAUUGGCCAAUUCCAUUACUUCAUUAGUAAGACUAUCAGACACAUAGCAGACUCAAGGAAUUAAUAUAUUAUUAGAGUAAGAAUUGGAAUUGGAAAGAGGAUAAUUUUGUAAGCAAAUAUUAUAUAAUAAUGAACCCAUUAAUGACAUUUAAUUGUCUGAAGUGAUGAAUGAGACGAUAAUUUAAAUAGACAGAUGUUGCUAAUCUGUUUGGUAGUAUUUUCCAUCAGGUAUUGCAACUAUUUUUACAUGGGCAUUAACUGGAUAAGCGAUGAGACAUGAAUUUGUGAUUAUUGAUACUACAAAUCACAUAUGCUGCCUUGAAUUAGUGAAAGUUUAGAAUGAAUAACAGGAACAGAUUUAAAAAUUGGUUUUUAACAUAUAUGGGUUAGAAACACAGGAAUAACGAAAAAUUAAACGAAAUCAAAUCCUAGCAAAGAGAUCAUACGAUAGAGUUUUAAGUUCAACAAAGCUCAACUAUCAGUUGUAUUUGAGUCAGAUCAAUUAUUUUUCAAAUUUGCUUUUAAUUAGUUGGAGAAAGAUUUAUUAGAACAAAAGUAGAACAGCUAAUUUUUUUAAUUUAUUUUAGAAAAUGAGUAAAUAAUAUGCAAGAUCUAUAUAUUAUUUUUCAUUAGAACAACCAGAUUAUGAUAUUGUACUUUAAUCGAUUUUUGGAAUUUUUACUGAUAAGCCACUCUUUUUGCCAAGAUUAGAUAUGAUUGCAUUCGAAAAAAUGCUUUGGCACGGAUCAAAGAUAUCUGAUUAAAUGAGAAGUUCCAUCAAUAAUUUUAUAAGACUAGUAUCCUCUAUUAGAAAUGGAAUAGACUUUUCUUAAACCCUCGUCAAUUGA